CAAACAAGACGAUGAAAAUAGUGUUAAUAUAAAAGAAUCCAUUUUGUUAUCAGAAUUAUCGGAUGACCCAAAUGGUUACGAUUCAAGUGGUUAUGAUUUAAAUAAUUAUGAUGAUGAACAAGAGAAGAAAAAAAAAGUAAUUAUAAUUUUAGAAGGAGCUUGUUUACAAUUAAUUGAAGUGAAACGAUUUAUAUAUGAAUUAGCUAAUAGUAGGAAACAUAAAAAUAUUUUAAAAAAAAAUAAGGUGGAUGAAGAAAAUAUAAAAAACUUCAGACCUGAUAUAUUACAUCAAUGUUUAAUACAUUUAUUAGAAAGUCCUUUAAAUAAAUUUGGAUAUCUACAAGUAUAUAUAAAAACACAUGAUAAUCAAUUAUUUUAUGUAUCAUCAAAUUUAAAAAUACCUAAAACAUUUCAACAAUUUGAAUCCUUGAUGGUAACUUUUUUAAGAAAAUAUAAAAUUAAAGCAAAUGAAAAAAAUAUCUAUUUAUUAAAAAUUAUAAAAAAUGAUUUACAAAACAUAUUACCUAUAAAUGGACAUAAAAUAGGAUUAUCUUUGAAAGGAAAAAAAGUACAACUAAAUAAUUAUAUUAAAGUUUAUAAAAAUACAAAUCAACCGGUUACAUUCUUUAUAGGAGCUGUAGCAUAUUCAAACCCAACAAUGAAAUUACAGAUAUUAGAUGACAAUAUUAGUAUCUCUGAUUUUAGUUUAAGUGCUGCUAUGUGUUGUUCAUCUAUAUGUUCAGAGUUUGAACAUUUAUGGAAUUUAUUUUAA